AUGGAAGGUAUCAGUCUACAAACAGAGCUCUGUUCCCCAAAGCAAGCCAGACUGAUGAGCGCUGCCCAUGUAGAGUCAUAUAUAGAGUGUGUGAUCGCUGAGGGUGAUGAGGAUGAAACUCCUGUUAGCCGUGGUGUCUGCCUUCAAAAUGAUGAGAGUCUGGAGACUGGGGCUCAGACCAAUCCCAGUCUGUUCCAGUCAGGCCCCUUCUGUUCAGACCAGGGGCCUGACACCCAUCCCUGUCAUACUUUAAACCAGCUGGAGAGAAAUCUUAGGAGAGAGGAGACUCAUUUCAGGGAGGAUGUUCCUCAGAGAACAGCAGAAGGAAGCAGUUCAUGUUGCUCAAAGCUUGAAGGCGAUCUCUCUCAGAAAUCAGCGCUUCUGAUCUGCGAUAAAGAAAAAGAAGGUCAAGUCGAUGAGAACGGCCCGAGCAAGACCUUCAUCGGAUGCUCUGAGGGAUUGACCCAUUAUAAUCAGUUUGUCUCAGGCAGGAAUACGUCAACUAGAAUUGUGACUUUUGAAGAACACGACUAUGUUGGAGCUGAUCUUUCAGCGGUGCUCCCAGCUGCUGAUAGAGUCAGCCAGGAGCCCGCUGAGGGAGAUAAUGAGGCAGACGCCUUCAGGGUAAUUGACCCCGUAAUCUGGAGUCAAAUUGGCAGGGAGGCUGAAUGGCUCCUCUGCAGCUCAGACGGCAAUGCAGGUGGAGAAUUAUCUCUAUCAGUUCAAGUGUGCGAGGUGGAAACAAGCCCUGAAGUCAGAACAUCACAGGAUUCCUCCUCAGACUGGACCGGGCAGCUUCAGGACCAGAGGACGCCUCUGACACACUCAGAACCUCUGGCUUCUUCUGCAGCAAGCGACAAAAUGCAAGAGCAGACGGACGGCGAGGGCGGCCAUCACUGGGAACCUGGUCCUGCUGGAGAUGAUGGUGUCUGUGGGUCAGCAGGUCCAAAUCUGUCCAUCUGCUCAACUGUCCAGCAGCUGGGACCCUCAGCGGAGGAGGCUGCUGGGAUACAACAGCUGCAUCUUCCAAAAGGGAGAGAAUCUGAUGAACUGAGAGACUGCAUCUGUGACCAGAGAGGAGGAGACAAUGAGACAAAGUGUGAUGAUGAUGAUGAUGAACAGAGGAAAAAGCUUGGUGAAGAUUGGAGGGCGGAUAUUUUGUUAAUGGAGGGGGAAGAAGAGAAAUGUGAACAAGAGGUCAAAACAGGAGGAGACAUAAACGCUGACGAGAGAGAAACUGCGGAAACACGGAGAGAAUUCUGGGAGGAUGAGCAGAAACAAGGUUGGGUUAAAGAAGACGUAAGCCAAGCGUCUCCUAGAGAGGAUGCUAGUGAAUGGAUGGAGAACACGUCCAGCUUCUGUGAUGAAGAUCCAGAACAAAGACUUGGAUGUUUGGCUCAUGAUCCAGACACACCUGACAUUCCCACGCUCUGCGCGGUCCCACCUGCCAGCGACGCUGUGGUUCCCUGCCAGUCUCUAAAUGCUCACCAUGGCUCCACAUCCCUCAGCAACCUCACAUACUUCCCAUCCGCCUUCUCUUCCUACAAUCCUGGGCUGGGCGGUUGGGACACGUUUGAAAAGGUCCAACUCUCUCCAGAUGAUGAUGAUGAUGAUGGAGGCCCGGGCAUCAUGCCUGUCUUCACCAGACAGCUGCUGAAACCUCCCCAGGAACAAGGAGAACCCCGCAUCCAAGCCACAGGGAGUGAGAUUAAUAAGAGAACGCUUGAAGAGGAGGAGGAGGAGGAUGAAGGCCCUGUGUGCAACACUGACAACAUGGAGAGCGGAUUGGUCUCCGGCGAUUCCUGUUGUGAUGUCCAAAGCUUUAUGUCAGCAGCAGACGUCUCUGCGUGCACACAGCUGGAGGAAGAGCCCAGCUGUGGGUCAGCAUCUCCUGCUGUCCCCGCUGAAUGUCCCCAUCUGUCCUCUGAUCUGAGCGGCUUUGACUUUGAAAUGAGGGAACAGUUCGGCAGGGUCCUACAAGAACUCAGCUUGUUCUUUGAUAUUAGUAGAAAUGAAUUCAUUAGUGACUGUAGGACAUCCUCGCCUAAACCAUGCAGCCAUUUACCUGAAUCUUUGGAGGACGACACUGUGAAACCUUCAGAGCAGCUCAGCAGACCUGGACUGGGACCCUACGCUCACACAUCCACAGAGGAAACUGUUGAAGAGCACAGCCUGGUAACGUGUGGAGUCAAUCCAGAGGUUUCCUGUCCUGUUAUCAGGAGUGAUGGUGAACAGGAAGUGCCCCUCAUCAGAAACAUGGGCCAGGAACCGGUGAUGGACUAUGAGGAGAAAAACAAAGAGUCCCGACAGGCAGCGGAGCCAAAAGGUCCCAUUUGGUCUCCAUCCUUCAGUUUUCUGCACCUGGAACAGCUGAGACAAAGAGCGCCAGAAGCAGCCAGGAGACUGGAGCCUUUGAAAACCUGCUCACGGCCAAUCAGGGUGGGACUUUCAAAAAGAGCCAAGACCAAACAGCUCCAUCACUUUCAUCCAUACAAAUAAAAACGGAGAAGUGGAGAUUCAGGGGAGGAGAUGGAUGAAUGUUCUCAGGAGCUCUGUUUUUGGAGACGUUAUCUCUAGUUAAUAUAACAGUUCAGUUAUCUUACUGUUAAGCUGUGGUUUUCUUCACAUCACAUUGUGUUGGUUUAGCUGUUUGUUAUCAGCUGAGUUCAAGUCAGUCUGUAACUACUGGCACAGUAUUUAUUUAUUUAUUUAUUUCUCUGUAGUAUUUAACUAGUUCCAACAUAACUGCUGUGAUGUUUUCUACAGGUUUUUUGUAUCCAUUUUCUUUUCCAUUUUACACAUACAGGAGAUCUCAUUUUCCUUAUUGUUGGCUUGUUUGAUGCAGGUUUUUGCUGCAGCUACACGUUGUUCCUGUUAUGUGUGGGUGUAUUCAUCCUGCCUCCAUUAGGGGUUUCAAUGUUCUUUGUGUGUUCCGUUAUUUAUUUAUUUAUUUUUUAACCAUUAAAUGAGGUUGAAUGUAUGUAAUAUUGCCUGGAGCAUUCAGUGCGAGGUUGGCUCUUAUCCAGCAUCACUGUUCUUUAUGUUCCACGAAAACUAGUUUAGAAGAUCCUCCGAGUUUCUGAGUUUUUAAUGAUCUGCAGGUCUGAAUAUGUUUGGAAAAAUUAAAGUGAUGGUCUAUUAAACACUUU